AUGGCUGAUCUUCAGCAGGGAGAUCAACCUUCUUCAUCGAAAGCGAUGGAAAGAAAAACUAUAGAAAAAACCAGGAGAAUCCAUAUGAAGAAUCUCUGUUCCCAGCUUAGCUCUCUUCUCCCUAACAACAAUAAUCCCAGGGUUUGUCUGUCUCUCCUUCAAGGCAUAAUGGGGCUUGGAGUGUGGGAGAAGGAAAUGAAAAAGGUGGAAGCAUUAUCACGUGUUGAUCAAAUAGACGAGGCUAUCAACCACAUCAAGAACCUGGAGACAAAGGUGAAGAUGGCGGAGAAGCACAGAGAAAGUUUAAGGGAAAGGAAGAGAUCUCGUAGUGGAUGUUCUAGUUCUUUCGAAGCAACGAAGUUGAGGUUCAUGAAAUGGGUCCUUGCUACGAAUCACUCUGACAACAUAGAAGUCAAGACACUUCAUUCCUCGCUCUCGUCUGCGACAUCGUCGCUACAUGUUCUCAACGCUGAGAUUCAGCAAUCCUAUAACUUAGGAACAGCCGUUUUGAUUGAGAGACUGAAAAUAUUUGUCAACGGACAUGGGUAG